CUCGGAAGGAUAUUUUACCCUUUCAUACUUUCAUGAAUUAUUUUAAAAAAUGGUUCCAUACGCAGAAAUAUCAGUGGUUACUACAGUAAAAGAUGAUUCUAUUAUUUUUAACAGAGGUAAAAAGGUGUGCACGAGAUUGCUGCCUUCAAAGCAGAGUAUUCUUCUUGCUGCGACACAUACUGUUGUUUUGCUUUUCUUCGCUGGAGCUUUGUAUGGUAUCAUUGGAGAAAAUUCUCUACCUGGAAGUGAAAUAUUUGCAUUAUUUUCAUUAGCCAUUUCUGCCUAUGCUGGAGGCGUGCUAGUUGGCUAUUUCAAACUACCCCCAUUAUUAGGUAUGUUAGUAUCAGGAAUUCUUUUCAGAAAUCUACCAUUUAUGACUUUUCAUGAAAACAUUUCAAUCAUGUGGGCGUCAACAUUUCGAGAUACAUCCCUUGUCAUAAUUCUGUUGAAAGCUGGACUAGGACUAGAUCCUGAAAAGCUAAAGCGAUUGAAGAUGGCUGUGAUAAAGCUUUCAUUCAUCCCAUGUUUGCUGGAAACACUGGGCUCUUCAGUGUUUGCUCAUUAUUUGCUCGGACUUCCCUGGUUAUGGUCCUGUAUGUUGGGUUUUAUUGUAUCAGCGGUGUCUGCUGCUGUUCUUGUACCUGGUGUUCUCAUGUUGGAAGAAAAACGAUAUGGAAUACGAAGUGGUAUUCCUACUUUAAUAAUGGCAUCCGUUUCAAUCGACAACAUAGUAGCUCUAACUGGAUUCGUUGUGACAUUCAGUAUUUUAUCCUCAAACGAAAAUCUUACGUGGGCCUUGGUAAAACGUCCUUUAGAGCCUUGCAUUGGUUUUCUGUUUGGAGGCAUUUUUGGAGCCUUGCUAAGAUACAUUCCGGACGAAAAUAUACCAAAGAAUUCUUUAGUUUAUUACCGAACCAUAUUGCUUUUCCUUGGUGGCAUGGCAUUCAGUUUUGUUAGUAAGCGAGCUGGAAUAUCAGGAGCUGGAGCCCUCAGUUGUGUCAGUCUGGCAUUUGUAGCUGCUCUUAAGUGGAGGAAGGAUCCUGAACAAUACAAAACAAUUUGCUGGAUCACUGGCAUUCUGUGGCAGUUGAUUGAACCCUUUUUAUUUGGACUCAUUGGAGCGGAAAUUACGCUAGAAAGCUUGCAAAAUGAUCUAGGUUAUGCUGUUUUGACUUUAAUUCUUGGUCUCCUAGUGCGUGCAAUUGCAACAAUACUAGCUUUAAUGAGAUCACAACUGAGCUUCAAGGAGAAGUUAUUCGUUUCGUCUUCUUGGCUGGCUAAGGCUACCGUUCAGGCUGCUGUUGGAUCACAAGCACUGGACUACGCAAGAUCUCAAAGCAAAGGAUACGAGUUUGAAACAUAUUCGAAGCAGGUGUUAACAUUAUCUGUUUUAUCUAUUAUUCUUACCGCUCCUCUGGGCUCGGCGUUUAUGGAGUGCUUGGGACCUUACCUGUUGGAAAAAGAUCCCGUUGUCACUGAUCUACAAAGUGAAAGCGAGGAAGAUGAGACAGACAUCGUUGUCGAAAAAAGAGCAAGCUACGGAUCCUGUUCUGUAACUCUUUCGUCAAGAAACUCUUAACAAAAGCUCAGUAGAAAGUACCAGAACAAGAUAUGCUACCGUAAAAGGAGUAAGACUAAACUGUGCAACCAAAUUUAAUUUUUCCUUUUUAACAAAGCGUCUAGUUUUGGUACUCCAAUUUUAAGUUUUAAACGCAACUAAAAUUUGUAAUACUUUCACACAUCCUCAUAUUAAUUAUAGCUAGGCUUUCCGAAUUUCUGAAAUGUUCAACCGGGACAACGGAAUGCCCCACCCCCCUUUCCCCAGCUUCGCACGAAUUCAAGAGUACACUCUUUUCUGCUUUUUAGAGUGAUUCUGUUGGGUAAAUUUAAAAGCUAAUAAAUUAAUAACUUAAUUAAGAACCUAAUCCAGGCCAAUAAUAAAU